AUGACUGACACUGAAAUUCAACAAGGAGACAAAGUCUCAUGGAACUGGGGUUCAGGACAGCCCAGCGGCACCGUUGCCGAGGUCAAGGAGCAGGGCGAGCUUGCCAUUGAAUCCAACAAGGGCAACACGAUCAAGAAGAAUGCCGACCCCGAGAACCCUGCAGUUCACGUUGAGAGGUCAGGCAAUGAUGUCGUGAAGCGCGCCUCCGAGCUUCAGAUCAAUGAAAAGGCCGAGGGCACCAACGGCGACUCCAAGCAGGAGGACAAGAAGGACGACGCCGAGAAGUCGGAAGAGAAGCCGGCUGAAUCAGAGAAGAAGGAAGAUGCUAAGCCGGCUGAAUCCGAAAAGAAGGACGAGGAAAUGAAAGACGCGCCUGACAGUGAGGAGAAGAAGGAAGAGGCUCACACCAACGGCGAAUCCAAGAACGCAGAGUCCAAGGAGACAAAAGAAGAUACCAAGGACGAUGCAUCAAAGGAGAAAUCCGAUGAAAAGUCUGACGAAAAGUCCGAGGCCGACAAGGAGGAUGACCCAAAGACUGGCGACAAGCGCAAGGUCGGGGAGACUUCCGAGAAGACUAACGGCGCUGAAGCUGAAGCUGACGUUGAGAAGCCUGCUGAAAAGAAGGCAAAGACUGACGAGGCCGAUGGUGACGCUGAAGCCAAGGAGGAAACCGAGACCAAGACACCCGCUAAGAAGCCUGGCCGCCCCAAGAAGGAGAAGAAAGAACCCGCAAAGAAGAAGGAGCCCAAGAAGGCUGCCACUGCUGACGGUACGCCACGCCGAAGCGGCAGGAACAAGGCUUAA